CAUGCAUAACCGGGCCGUUUCCGGUUCUUAGGCUGGUGUGUCCCCAUCUGAAACCGUAUGGGGAAAGCGGCAGACACAGAUGGCAUGGACACUUAUACAAGGUCUGCCGCUCUGCCCUGCUAUCGGAGCCUAUUCGCAGUCUCCCACUUCAACCCCGCUCCGUCAUCCGCGCCCCUCAGCCGCCCCAGCACUGCAGCAACGGAGCCACGGCCGAAGGCAUGAGGCUUGAUCCGGUCCAUUUCUCCAUGCUGGUCAUCGGGGUCUCUUUCGCCUGUUACGCCCCGAGUCUCAAUUCCCUCCAGGACCAGGCAUACCGAUCCGCCGUGGUCAUCGAGGGCGAGGUGCGCUCCUCACCGGAAAACGUCUCUCGGGACCCGUACAGUGUGAAUGUCAAAGUGCUAGACGUAUGGCCCGUGAACAGCGGCGGACUCGAGCGGGAGCAGCUCGUGACCGUCGGGGACUUCGGUUCCGAGGCCUCGUGCACUACUGUAGAGGAGAACCACAGAUAUAUAUUUUUCAUGGACCCAACAGGCGAGCCUUUAGUAUUCAAGGCAUCGUUUGCUCCGCUGGACGCCAGCAGAACGGACCUGAAGAAGGAUGUGGAGAGCGUGUUGUGUGAGGACUGCGCUGCGGCCCCUAAGUUGCGGCCGAUGCGGGGCCAGUCUCUAAGGGAGGGGGAGAGACUGUAUCUCAAGUGUGAGGCGUCAGGGAACCCCAGCCCCUCCUUCCAGUGGUACAAAGAUGGCCGAGAGCUCCAGAGGGGAAAAGACGUCAAAAUCAAGACCAAUAAAAAAAAUUCCAAGGUCCAGAUCAACCGAGCAAGGCUGGAGGAUUCUGGGAACUACACGUGUGUGGUUGAGAACACGCUGGGCCAAGAAAACACUACGAGCGGCAUCAGCAUCCAGAGCCUGACCACUACUCUGUCUCCGGGCUCGAGUCACGCCCGGCGCUGUAACGACACAGAGAAGUCGUACUGUGUCAACGGUGGAGACUGUUAUUUCAUACACGGUAUAAACCAACUGUCAUGCAAGUGUCCAAAUGACUAUACAGGUGAUCGCUGUCAAAAAUCCGUCAUGGCAGGUUUUUACAAGCAUCUUGGAAUUGAAUUUAUGGAGGCAGAGGAGCUGUACCAGCGGCGCGUGUUGACCAUCACAGGCAUCUGUGUGGCACUGUUGGUAGUGGGCAUGGUCUGUGUGGCGGCAUACUGCAAAACCAAGAAGCAGAGGAAGAAGAUGCAUGGCCACCUGAACCAGAACAUUAACCAGAACCAGUGUGUGGAGCAGCCCAACCGCAUGCUGGCUAACGGUCCCAACCACCCUGGACCAGGCCCUGAAGAGAUCCCCAUGGUCGACUACAUCUCAAAGAACGCUCCUACCACAGAGUGUAGUAUUAUACAGCAUGGACCAGAAGAAUCCGUAAACUUCUCAGGAAGCCGAAUGUCCACCAGAUCCCACCACUCAUCUACAGUCUCCCACAACUCCAGACAUGAGGAGCGGACGUGGAGUAUAGAGAGGACAGACAGUAUGAACUCAGACUUCCAGUCAGGGGCGCUCUCCUCGUCAGUGGGCACCAGUAAAUGCAGCAGUCCAACCUGCAUGGAGGCACGGGCACAGAGGGCCGCCUACUGGGGCUGUUCUCAGGGAGCCAGCCUGCAGUAUGGAGACUCCUACGACUCUCUGAGAGAUUCACCUCACAGCGACAGGUAUGUGUCAGCGUUGACCACGCCAGCCCGUCUGUCACCCGUUGAGUUCCACUACCCCCCGCUGUCCCCCCAGGUGCCCACCUUCCACAUCACCUCUCCCAACACGUGCCACGCCCUCGCCCUGCCGCCUGCCACCGCAGCCUACCACCGGGAGGAUGACCAGCCCCUGCUGAGAUUCCCCCAGGAUGGACUGUUGUACCGACAGCCCCGCCGCCCACGCCAACCCUACCUAACGGAGAGCACGGGCAGCCUUCCGUCCAGCCCCUACCGUCUCCCUGACGACGAGGCCUACGAGACCACGCAGGAGUACGCCUCCUCCCGCGAACCAAUCAGGACCCGCCGGCGCCCGCGUCGGAACCGCCUCAACGGACACUUCUCCCAGCGUGCAAUGGGCCUACGGGACUACAGCUCUCAGAGCUUCAGCCAAUCAGAAGAGGAGGAGGAGGAAGAGGAAGGGCACGGGGAGAGCACGCCCUUCCUCAGUAUGCAGAACAUGAACAUGGAGCCGUGCGAACGUGGGUGCCGAUCAUCUACUGCCCCUGGCACCACCACUGACAUACGGACUCACCGGGCACAGGGGCGACCAAGCACCCGCAGCAACGGACACAGUAAAUUCCCCCAGUCGCGCUCCUUGACACAUGGCAACACACCCCUUUAAGACCUGUCCACCUUGACCACUGACCUCUAACCCCUGACCCCAAAACCUUUGACCCACCUAAAGACAACAGUGGAGUAGAGACAUAUUUUUAUUUUGUAUAACAGACAGAUAUUCUAAACAAAUGAAAUAUUUAUUUUCAUUUUAGCAAAAAUUGUCUACUAGCUAACAGCAAAUACUUUUUUUAUAGGGGAAAAAUAUUUAUAUGUAAAGUUUUUGAUUUACAGCAUUAUGAGAGAGAGAAAAAAUUAUUCCGUGCCAAUUUUUUCACGAGUUAGUCAAUAGAAUAAUAUUGUGGUGCCUUUUGCUGUGUGCUGAAGCCAGAGGUCCAGUUGAGUUUUUGUAGCCUUUCUAAUACAGACUCCUCAUUUUAUAGACCUCUUUACUUUGACUUCCUCUGUUUAGGAUCUCCCUGUUUGAACUGUGAUAUGAUUCUGUCAUCAUGCAAUAUGAGUCACCUCUGUGUAAAGGUUUAUGUUUACAUGAGAAUGAUCCACAUACAGUUGUUUUUUUCACGGGGGACAUUUAUCACAGACGCAACUGGAUGUGGUGUCCUGUCCUGGUACAGGAAGUGAUGUGCUAGUUUUUGAUGAGUCGCUCCAACUAACCUACAUCGGUCAUUCAUGUCAUCAUCCGCCGCCUGUCAUUGUCUGUGUAUUGUUUUAGAGGAAUACAGGUGAUCCAAGGUACCUUCACAGGUGUUCAGGGUUUUUAAAUGGGCGUGUGUGUGUGUGUGUGUGUGUGUGUGUGUGUGUGUGUGUGUGUGUGUGUGUGUGUGUGUGUGUGUGUGUGUGUGUGUGUGUGUGUGUGUGUGUGUGUGUGUGUGUGUGUGUGUGUGUGUGUGUGUGUGUGUGUGUGUGUGUGUGUGUGUGUGCGCGCGCAGGCAUAUGCGUGCUCCAUGAUGAGUUGUAGUCUGAUCGCAGGCACAGCAGGGGAGCCCUGAGUGUGUCCAUUCAGCUAUGAGGGUGUGUUCACUGUUAAACUGACAUACUUAACCGGCCAAUCCUCAUGCUGCCAGAAGCUCCAUUGCACUGUAAAACCUCCUUCCAUGAGCAUUCAUUGGCCAGGGAGCUGCCAAUCCAACCAAUCCUGUCAAUCCAGCCUGAUUCUGGCCUACAUGGACUACCCACCCCCGUUCCUAUGCCAGCAGCUUAACUAAAGCCGCACUGUGUCUCAGGACUUUCACAACCCAUGAAGAAAAAAACUCAAUUUCCCAAGAACCACCAUGGUCCAUAGGCCAGAUCCAUUAUGUCCCUUGUCCUUGUCUGUUUUCAUAUGUGAUGUAGUAGGGAGUUUUGGAAACUCUUGAAACUUGAAAAAAAAAGUGGAGUUUUAAAAAUGAAAGAUGCUGAUAUGUAGUUGAUGUUGAGUCUCUUAGAUGAUUGUUCUAUGACAGUGUAAUGACACGGGUUUAUUCUGUGAUGUUGUUGACGACGGCAUUGGCUAGUAGUGAUGAUGGCACUGGAUUGCUGAGUGCUGUGGCAAGUCACAAAGGUUCAUUCUUGCGAAGUCUCUCCUACGUUGACUGACGGACUGCAGUGUGUUUGAAUCUGUUCGGUUUGUCUUUUUUUCAUCAUAGCCAACAGACUGUUUGGUAGUAUCGAUUAUUGCAUCCUUUGUUGCAUUCCUAUACCUGUAUUAUUAGCAUACAUAUACCUUGCUUGGCCACAUUGACUGAAUGAUCUGAUAUGUAUCUGUCUCUGUCCGACCCCCCCCCCCCCCCCCCCCCAUCUUGACGAUGACAUCAUAGAGUAUAACAUAACCUAUUAUCAUGGGACAUGUUUCACCUACACAGGACAACAGCUUGCCCACUCCGCUAUGGGUUACAGGCAUUCCUCAGAAAGGGUUCACCUCAGAAAUAUUAUGAGAUUUAAUGGGCUGAGAGUCCCGAGAGUGUCCUGCUCCUCUACCUAAUGGAAAAAGGAGUUGGUUUUAAAUGAAAACAUAAAUGUGCCCCUUUACCAGUCGAGUCUCACAGGAGAUGCAUGCAUCACACAAAAAAAGACACAUAAGUACCUUUAAAAAAAAGACUACCAACUCCUUAGAUGAAUUCAGAGGAUCAUUGUGGAAUUUCACUUAUCACAGAGAAAUUCAUGUUUUUUUCAUGGCCCAAAGUUCUGGCUAGUUUGUCUUAGUAACACUGUAUUCAAUCUGAGAUUUGCAAUGUGGGAUACUGCCAGUGAGGGUAGUGUGCUUCUAGUGGUAGUUGAAAUGUAAAAUCCCCCUUAACUCCUUCCCUUGCAACCAAUCUUUCCUACCUUCCAUAUUUACUCACUCACUCACUCACUCAAUCUCUCUCUCACACACACACACACACACACACACACACACACACACACACACACACACACACACACACACACACACACACACACACACACACACACACACACACACACACACACACACACACACACACACACACACACACACACACACACAACCAUUGUUUGUGUUUGUCCAGCAGUUGUCCUCGUCUCCUUGACGCCCCCUCCCUCCCACUCCUCCCCCAAUCCUCUCACCCCACCCCCCUGCAUGUCCUAGCGGUCCAGGUAGUUGGGUGCAUGGAAAAAGCAGCAAGGAAAUCAUUUUCCACUCAGUGAAGUGUCUUCAUUUUAACAUUCAGCAAUAAAUCCCCUUUUCUCAUGUCUCCAUUCUUGGGAUAUGCUAGAAGUUUUUUGCAAGUUUUAUCAAAACAUACAAAAGAAAAAGAAAAAUCCAAACCACCUCUUCAUAUGAAAAUAAAUCUUUAUUCCUACCAUUUUGAAAGUGUUGUCAUUCUCUGUCACAAAGAAGAGGCCUUCUCCUUCAUGAGCCUCAAGGUGUAAGGGUGAUUCUCAAGCUUACGUCAGAAGCUGUUUUCACCUGCCUAUUGAUGACUGUCUAUCAAACCGAUAAUAAU